CUUGAAAUUGAACAGGGGUGUGUAGACUUUUUAUAUCCACUGUACUUAUUACAUGUGGGGUCUUUGUCACCAAACAGCUCCUGUAGUCAUGUUGGGAGGACGCAACCUAUGUGUUGGUCAGGCUCAGUGUGGCUAAUGGAAAUAUUGAUCUAUCUAAAAUACUUUUGUUUUGAAAUUUGGUAUUAUGAUUUGGUCGCAUGAUAAACCCAUGGAACAUAAAUUAUAUGUGUCUGGGAUCAUAAAGAGAAUCGGGGCUAACUAAGUUCGAACUUUUCGGGGGCCAUAUUGUCCUUAUACAUUAUAUGUCACAUUGAAAUGGUUCCAUAUCAUUUUAAAGCUCUUAUCCAUAUUUGUCUCAGCAGUAUGAUAUUUUAAAGAUUAAAAGCAUUCAGAGUGAUCACAAAAGUUAAGUUAAGUUGAAUUUCAAAUAUAUAUCUAUAUAUAGAUAUAUAUUUCUAGGUCCACAGUUGAUGUUACUGCUCAGUUAAUAUCACACACUGACAGCAAGUUUGUGAGUUCAAGGAAACAGAAUGAAAAAGCAGUUUUACAGCAGAAUCAGACAAAAGAAGUAAGCUGGAGAAAGCUCUGGUCGAGCUGGAAGAGACGGGAUCUGCAAGAGGAAAAAAACAUUCCUAGAGAGUUUCUCUUUGGUUUCUGUGACAACCAGCCGUGGCACUCUGUAAUUAUGGCUGGAUUAGAGCGCAGAGUUUCUUAGCUAAGCCAGGACUCAUGGGAACAGAAUUUGCAACAGGAUCUAUAGAUCAAAUAAAAGCUGCAUCAAUAAAAACUUAACUGAACUUAUCUUAUAUAGAAUUCAAAUUCAUGUUGUGUUUUCAUAUAUGAGAAUUCGCUAGUGCACCAUAUAUUUUAGUUGCCAUUAUGGAUUGUUCUUCUCCAUAUUCGACAGUAAAUGUGAGUCGACAUGUACUUGUUAACUUACACUUUCUGAGGUGAAUACAAAGGACUGCUUCAAAAAAACUAUGCUGACGCACUUUCAUUGUGACAUGUCGAAACACUGUGGUUUGAUGGAGGGCGUGAAAAACCCUCAAUUGUCUCCCAAGUAUUCAAGCUCAAGUCGCAGAGGUACCCAGUCAAGUAGGGUAUUCCAGACAUCCUUCUCUCCCCAGCAAGGCUUUCCUGCUCUUCAUGGGUAAUCUCAAGGUGUUCCCAGGCCAGACGGGAUAUGUAAUCCCUCCAGAGAUUUCUGGGUCGACCUCCUGGGUCUUCUCCCAGUUGGGUGUACCUCAACUAUCCCCUUUUGCUUGGAAGGAGGAGCGGGUUGACUUUGAGAUUCCCCCAAGAUGUCUAAGCUCCUCACCCUAUCUCUAAGAUGGCGAAAACUCUGUCUGGUCCAUUUGUGAUGGGGUGGAAUGACUAACAGUUGCAGUAAAUGCAUUUUUGCAGAGGCUCAACUAUGAAAUACAGCUGGAAACAUAAACUAGAGACUUAUUCUAUUCUGAUUUUGUGCAGUUCCGGUCAUGGGCAUGUUAUUGCUCGCUGAGACACAGUUUUGAUCCCGUAUGAAUGAAUAUAGACCUAGAAAAAGGUUGUUUUAGACUGUUUGUGCAAAUGCUGAUUGUUUGAAUAUGAUUCAACGUCGUUGCACUAUCACGGUAAGAAGGGGAACAGAAUGGAUAUGCAUUCACGAAGACCAAAGAAAAGGGUGAUACAAGGUAGAAGGUGCAUUUUGAAAUAUCGUUCACCUUGUUCUUUUUCCCAGUGACAGGGCUAACCUGAGACUCUGCGUAGUUUGGAUCACACACAAACCUCCGUUUCACCUCCGUAACUUCCUCCCUGAAACCUGACCAAUACAUUACAUGUGCUCUCUGCUGCCAUGGCAACAGCACUGGGAGACUGAAUCUCUGAGACCACAGGCAGGCUAUUAUGGGAUGAGUGUCUCUCAAACAGACCAAUUAGAGUGGUAAUCAGAGGAGAGAAAAGGCAGACCACACUGCACAGAUCCAUUCUUCUGCCAACCACAAAGAUGAAAAAAAUGAAAGGCACUUUGUGAAAACCAUCUCUCAAAGACAAAUCCCUUGUUGCUCUUUUAUUUCUUGUCCUAUUUUUUUCUGACAAGUCCGUGAAGGCCUCUGUGUCAGUUUGUUAUCCUCGUUCCGCCUGUCGUUUAACCGUCAGCCUAGCCAUCAAGCUGUUCUUUUCAUUUACCGAUUUUUGACCUAGAUAAGGGAUGAUCUAUUUGCCUCUGACUUUACAACUGCACAGCUGAAGUUCUUUAACCAAGUGGCCAGGCCUUUUUAAGGCUAUACCCAUUUCCCACAAACCAUGAAAACUCAAGGUUUUACAACUUGGUGGUAGUUAACGUCACCGUCUGCACCUGGACAUCUGCUGCCCUUGGUCUGGUAACAACAGCCCCGUAGCUACUUGCCUCAACUCUACCUGAAGACACUGCAUUGAUAUAUUUUCAAAGCCUCUGUGUCUACAGUUGACUGAAGUUUUCAGGCUUGUUGUGAGUGAACUAUUUCAUCUGCUUUUAUAGUCUACCUCCAUCCUGUAUUCCCCCCCCCCCCCGUUUCAUUCUGGCUGAGGGUUCUCAGAGCUGUGGAGUCUCCCUCCAUAAAAACCCAGACUGCUGCUGUUAAAUCCAUUUAUUUAAUACAGAGGACACGACCUUGCACAUUUUUAUUGACUGUGUUCUACCUUGGUAACCACCUCUGUCCGCCUUUUAAAGAGUGAUGUUAUUGCCAAAAGAUGUUUGGAGUGCCUUUGCCCGAGGGCCUGGAUUUGUUUUCCCCCACAACAGCACUCAUCACAUUGCAUCAUUUGUUAUGAUGAAGGCAGUUGGGACAUUUCAUUUCACCUUUUGGAAACAGAACUUUUUAUUUAGGAUGUUUAUUGCCCUGAAAGAGCCACUGGUUUAAAACUGAGCUGCUGUUGUAGUAGCAGUAGUUCUAAGGCUGAUUAUAUUGUACCAGUGACGAGUGAGAGGGUGUUGGCGUAGAGUGAAAUGACGGCAGCUUCUUCUCGUAUCUGACCUUUUGUCAUUCAGGAUGGAGGCCUCUUGCUUGGAGUUGGCCUUGGAAGGAGAGCGACUUUGCAAGGCUGGAGACUUUAAAGGCGGGACAGUGUUCUUCGAGGCAGCCGUUCAGGUCGGCACAGAAGACCUGAAGACCCUCAGUGCCAUCUACAGCCAGCUGGGCAAUGCUUACUUCUACCUCAAGGAGUAUGGCAAAGCCCUGGAGUACCACAGACAUGACCUGACCUUGGCCAGAACAAUAGGAGACAGGAUCGGAGAAGGCAAAGCCAGUGGGAACCUCGGGAACACGUUGAAAGUGUUGGGGCGCUACGAUGAGGCUGUUGUUUGCUGUCAGAGACAUUUGGAUAUUUCUCAAGAGCAGGGGGAUAAGGUUGGAGAAGCCCGAGCUCUCUACAACAUAGGAAAUGUGUUUCAUGCAAAGGGCAAACAACAGUUAUGGGGCUGCACCCAGGAACCGGGGGACCUGCCUGCUGAAGUCAGAGACACACUGCAAAGGGCCACUGGAUUUUAUGAGAUGAACUUGUGUCUGGUGAAGGAACUUGGAGACAGAGCUGCUCAGGGGAGGGCCUACGGGAACCUGGGAAACACCCACUACCUGCUGGGGAACUUUGUCGAAGCGAUCAAGUUCCAUCGGCAGCGAUUAUCCAUUGCCAAAGAAUUUGGGGACAAGGCAGCAGAGCGGCGGGCAUACAGUAACCUGGGCAAUGCCCUGAUCUUCCUGGGCCAGUUCAACACAGCCACAGAGUACUACAGGAAAACUUUGCAGCUGUCCAGGCAGCUGAGGGACCAGGUGAUGGAGGCUCAGGCCUGCUACAGCCUGGGAAACACCUACACUCUUCUGCAGGAGUAUGAGAAGGCCAUAGACUACCACCUGAAACACCUGUAUAUCGCCCAGGAGCUGACGGACAGGGUCGGUGAAGGCCGUGCCUGCUGGAGUCUGGGAAAUGCAUACGUGUCUUUAGCGAACCACAAACAAGCUCUUCACUACGCACGAAAGCACCUGGACAUCUCGAAGGAGAUUGGAGACAGGAAUGGGGAACUGACAGCCAGGAUGAACGUGGAGCAGCUGAUGGAGGUUCUGGGCGUCAAUGAGAGCGACCUCUCGCCCUCCAGCUCCGAGUUUGAGAUGCAAGGAGCGAGACCCAAAUUCACCAAGAGAAACAGCAUGGACAGUGUAGAGCUGUGGAAGUACUCGUCAGACAAGAACGGUGAGAACCACGACUUGGAGGGUAUACCCAGGAGAUCCAAGAGUCAGCUGUCACAGCCCGGCAAAAGGAAAGGCUACCCCGACAGUCAGUCGUCGGACGAAAGGCCGUGGUUCGACUCUCCGCUAGACUCUGACGACAUCACUGUGCAAGUUCCGCCUCCAGUGCCAAAGUUGGGCCGUGACCCCUCCGAUGAAGACUGCUUCUUUGACCUCCUCAGCAAGUUCCAGAGCAGCCGCAUGGACGACCAGCGCUGCCACCUUGAUGAGGCACAGAACGGCGAGGAUGCUGCGAACGCCGUGCUGAACGACAUGAUAGAUCCUGCAUUCACCACCUCCCCCCAGACUGAGGAGCUGUUCGAUUUGAUCGCCAGCUCCCAGAGCCGCCGCCUCGACGACCAGCGGGUAAAUGUUGGUAACCUCCCGGGCCUGAGGAUUACCCACAACAACCUGGGACACCUGGUGGGCGAGGGAGACCACCAAGAGCCCAGCGACGACUUCUUCAACAUGCUUAUCAAGUGCCAGUCCUCCAGGAUUGAUGACCAGCGAUGCUCCGCGCCAGAAGCCGGCCCCCACGCACCCACGGUGCCCGACGAAGACUUCUUCAGUCUGAUCCAGAGGGUGCAGGCCAAGCGGAUGGACGAGCAGCGCGUCCACCUGCCCUCAGAGGACCAGGACGACCCGGAGUCCCCUGAUCCGGAGCCGCCUGGCGGGUUUGCCAGCUAGGACUCGGUGAAUAACACUAUACAACUCUAUGUCGAAGAAAGUAAAAAAAUUAUAAAAAUAAAAGCGGAAGAAAAAACGCGAAGAAGGACAAGCCGACAUUCGACACCCAAGGCUGAACUAACAAGUUUUUUUUUUUAACAACAAGACAAAAUUCCAUGUGCAAUAGGCGGUAACCUAUGAAAUGUUGCUCCGUGUGUUAUGCUCUAAAUGUGUGUAAAUAUAAGCAGAGCAGAGGAAACGAUGCGAGGUGGUUGAGGGAUGAACACAACACAAGGUUAAGUUUGAAAUGUGCAAAUGUGUCUUCAAUCUAAUGCCUUAAUCAGCAUUCUUCAGACUCACGAUUGUAUUCACUGGUGUCAGCUGUGGUUCUUAGAAGCACAUGACGGACAUGCAGUAUCUUAUCAAGUCGUGGAAAUCACACAGGUUCAGCUGAGUGGAGUUUAGGGAAAUGUGAGGAAAAAAUGUAGAUUUGCACUGAAACAUGAGGAUUUCUAACAAAUUGUGUCAAUUCAGUCCCUCAGAUCGAUGCUGCUUUUAUCAUUUCAUUUGUGCGGUUCCCAGUGCUCCCAGAGAAAUAGUGUUAAUUGAGCAGUAACAGUAUUAAACUUGGCCUCCCAGUGUUAAAACAAACUGUUUCUGUCAGCGUGAACGGGAUCGAUAAGCGACAUUUCACUUCCGCCAACAAAGUCAAGACGGACUCGAUUAAGAUCCACAUCACUGUUCAUGAUGUGAAUUCAUGCAUUUUUUUUUUUUUUAAAUGCAUCAGCCUCUUCACACAGUAUGCAGUAACCAAGGUUACUGGCCAAAUUAUUAAAAGAAGCUGCUUAUUUCAUAGAUUUUAAGAUUUAGAGUUGUGCGAUAAUUCAACGUCCGGUUCGUAUCUCGAAAAAAAGUCCAAACUGUUCUGAACAUCUGAUAACAGACUACUUACUUACUGCCAUUGUUAUUAUUUUCAUCUUUAACUAACAUAGAAACAAAAGCUGAUGCAAAAGGUGGGUGCUAAUGCCAUGAACAUUAUUGAGUUCUCGUUUGUGGUGCUGGCACAGUGCCCCUCUCUGGUCUGAAUGUUGUAUUACUUCUGUUGAGCUACAGAGUGUUGGGGAAGAAGGACAUUUCCUUUCCUGAAUGUUUGCAGGGCCGCACUUUAACGCAAAUAUUCUGCUCCAGGUACGACAACUGUGAAAACUUUCAUCUGGUUUCAGCUGCAAGGUUUGUAAACUUCUACCUUGUAACUUAGUAACAUAGGCAAAAUGAGGUAGUCAAUUUUCCUUUCUAUCCAUUUGUUGUUAUGAAAGCAAGUGAUGUAAAAACUGCAUAAAAUUUUUAAAAAUUUAUGUACAGAGCAAAACAAGUUAAAUCUUUUUACCCAGAAUUAGUGCUUACCUCAUUUUUGUACCUCAAUCCUUUUAGGGUUGCUGAGUUCUGAACCAGAAUGCAUCAUUUGAUUCACCUCUCUUUGAUAAACCACACAUUGGGAGAUACAUUUAAUAUGUCCUCCUUUCUGUUUUUUGUGAAUUAACAUUUUUAGAAAGUACUCGGUACGCUUCUGUUUGUCUCUGCCAUAAUUUGUAUAUAUAAAUAUAUUUUGUAUUUAUGUUCCUUUUCGAGGACGUGAAUAUGUCCUUUCAUGCUUUUAAUAAAAUGUUACAGAUGUUU